CCGGAAGUCAGUCCGCAGCGUUUUCUGCCCGCUGCGUUUGCUGCGCUGGGUGUUUUCUGCCCGCUGCGUACAACCAAGCGUCGCCCCCACUCCACCUCUCCGGUGCCGAGGGCCUACGCGGCAGGCGGCAGGGGCCGAAGGGCGGCGGCCACCGCUUGUUCUGAAGAUGAAGGGGAGCAGCUUCUUAGUGGAACAGGCUGUUUAGGGAAGAAGACUUAACUUUAUACACGUUAUUUAUUCCUUUCUAAUAAUCGAAUCAAAGAUGAACCCAGUAAACCCUUUCGGUGGGCAGCAGCCAAGUGCUUUUGCAGCAUCUUCUAGUAGUACCUCAGGAACAUUUCAGUCUAAGACACCAUUUCAAUUUGGUCAGCCUUCACUUUUUGGACAAAGCAGUACAUUGUCUGGAAAAAGUACAGGGUUUUCGCAAGUGCCCAGCUUUGGAGCACCUUCUGGAAUAAGUCAUUCUUCAGGGCAAUCGUUUGGACUCACCCAGACCUCAAGUUCUGGAAUCUUUUCUGGACUUGAACACGCUCCUGCCUUUGUAGCCACUUCUGGGUCUUCAAGUUCAUCUCUACCUGAAAACUCAGGAUUUAGUUUUAAAUCACCCACCAACCUUGGGGUUUUUUCAAGUACUUCUACAUUUGGAUCAGAAACUGGAACAGUAGUGAGCUCUGGUUUUGAGAAAACAGAAAUCAGCUUUAAACCUCUGGAAAAUGCAGUAUUCAGGCCAAUAUUGGGGACUGAGUCCGAGCCAGAGAAAACCCAAAGCCAGAUUACUUCUGGAUUUUUCACAUUUCCCCACCCAGUGAACAGUGGACCUGGAGGCCCAGCUCCCUUUUCUUUUUCCCAAGUGACAAGUAGUUCAGCUACCAAUUCAAGUUCUAUCUUUUCAAGAUCAGUUAAUAGUAAUAAUUCAUCUUCCCCCUUUACGCCUGCACUGUCAAACCAAAAUGUAGAGGAAGAAAAGAGAGGACUUAAAUCAGUAUUUGGGAGUUGUAACAGUAACUUCAAUAGUUUUCCUAUAUCUUCUGGGUCUUUGGGAGAACCCUUCUCAGUUAACAAAUCAGGUGUGCGACAAGGGUGUGAGGAGGCUGUUUCCCAGGUGGAACCGAUUUCCAGCCUCAUGAAGGGACUGAAAAGGAAAGAGGACCAAGAUCGCUCCCCAAGGAGACAUGGCCAUGAGGCAGCAGAUGACUCAGACCCCCUGUCCAGGGGUGAUCAUCCUCCAGAUAAACGCCCUGUCCGUCUGAAUCGACCCCGGGGAGGUACUUUGUUUGGUCGAACAAUACAGGAUGUCUUCAAAAGCAAUAAAGAAGUCAGUCGCCUGGGCAGUAAAGAAUCUAAAAAGGAAAGUAGCUUUGUUGAGUGUGGGGAAAGUGACCACAUGGGUAUUUCAGGAGGUAAUCAGUCUGUUCUUGUACCUUCCCGGCUUCCUGGUAUGAAUAAAGAGGAAGAAACUGAAAGCAGAGAUAAAAAAGAAGAUUCUGUAAGGGGAGCUCCUGUGCACCAGAAUAAAAAAAGUGAAAACAUGGACAGCCUUGGGCGCUUGUCUCCCACAGAAGUCACGGCGAUCCAAUGCAAGAACAUUCCAGACAACCUCAAUGACAGGGCUACCCUGGAGAACCACUUUGGCAAAAUUGCUAAAGUGCAGCGCAUCUUCACUAGACGCAGCAAAAAGCUUGCGGUGGUGCAUUUUUUUGAUCAUGCAUCUGCAGCCCUGGCUAGGAAGAAGGGGAAAAGUUUGCAUAAGGAUGUGUCUAUCUUUUGGCACAAGAAGAAAAUAAGUCCCAACAAGAAACCUUUUUCCUUAAAGGAGAAGAAACCUGGGGAUGGUGAAGGCAGCCAGAGCACAGAGGAUACGCCCUUUCAGCACUCUCCUCUUGGCAAGGCCACUGUGAGGGCUGCAGCAGGCAGCCUGCUGAGUAAAAGCUCUCCAGUGAAGAAGCCCAGUCUCCAGAAGGCCCACCAGUUUGAAGGAGAUGCGUUUGACCCUGGGUCUGAGUGCUCCGAGGGGCUUGGGCUGUGUGUGUCAUCCCUCAGUGCCCUGAUUGGCACUGUGGCUGAGACGUCUGAAGAGAAGUAUCGCCUGCUUGAUCAAAGAGACCGAAUCAUGAGGCAAGCUCGAGUGAAGAGGACUGACCUGGACAAAGCCAGGACUUUCGUUGGCACGUGCCCAGACAUGUGUCCUGAGAAGGAGCGGUACAUGCGGGAGACUCGGAGUCAGCUGAGUGUGUUUGAAGUGGUCCCGGGGACUGACCAGGUAGACCACGCACUGGCUGUGAAGGAGUAUAGCCGAUCCUCAGCGGACCAAGAGGAACCGCUACCCCAUGAGCUGCGGCCCUCAGCAGUGCUUAGCAGGACCAUGGACUACCUGGUCACCCAGAUCAUGGACCAGAAGGAAGGCAGCCUGCGGGACUGGUACGACUUCGUGUGGAACCGCACACGGGGCAUACGGAAGGACAUCACACAGCAGCACCUCUGCGACCCCUUGACAGUGUCCCUAAUUGAAAAGUGCACGCGGUUUCACAUCCACUGUGCCCACUUCAUGUGUGAGGAACCCAUGUCCUCCUUUGAUGCCAAGAUCAACAAUGAGAACAUGACCAAGUGUCUGCAGAGUCUGAAGGAGAUGUACCAGGACCUGAGGGGCAGGGGCGUCUUCUGUGCCAGUGAGGCUGAAUUCCAGGGCUACAACGUUCUGCUCAAUCUCAACAAGGGGGACAUCCUGAGAUGUUAUGUGUUUUGUCUCCUUAACAGGGAGGUGCAGCAGUUCCACCCUGAUGUUAGGAACUCCCCUGAGGUGCACUUUGCUGUUCAGGCCUUUGCUGCGUUGAACAGUAACAAUUUCGUGAGAUUUUUUAAACUGGUCCAGUCAGCCUCUUACCUAAGUGCGUGUCUGUUACACUGCUACUUCCAUCAGAUCCGCAAGGAUGCACUUCGGGCUCUCAGCAUCGCAUACACUGUGAGCACACAGCGCUCUACCGCCUUUCCCCUGGAUGGUGUGGUGCGCAUGCUGCUCUUCAGAGAUAGCGAGGAAGCUACCGACUUCCUCAACUGCCACGGCCUCACUGUUUCUGAGGGCUGUGUUGAGCUGAACCGGUCUGCAUUCCUGGAACCAGAGGGAUUAUCCAAAGCCAGGAAGUCGGUGUUCAUCACCAGGAAACUAACGGUGUCGGUUGGGGAAGCUGUGAAUGGAGGGCCGCUGCCCCCAGUCCCUCAUCACACUCCUGUGUGCAGCUUCAACACCCAGAACAAGUAUGUUGGGGAGAGCCUGACUGCAGAGCUGCCUGUUGGCCCCCCAAGGCCCAGUGUGGAUGCAGCGGGUGACAGAAAGGGAGAGGAAUAUGGAGCAGGGCCUGAUGUGCCUCUCACAGGUCUCCUCCCUGCACUGCCUGCACCUCUGCCUCACACCCCACUGCUGACCCUGCCUGUGGCACCCAGUCUCUUCCAGCCUUCCACGCAACCUGAGCUGCUGCCUCUGAAGCCUAUACCUGUGUACUCUGAUGCGGACCUGGCUCAAGUGGUGGAUGAGCUCAUUCAAGAGGCCCUCCAGAGGGACUGCGAGGAGGUGGGCACGGCUGGGGCAGCAUACGCAGCUGCAGCUCUAGGUGUUUCUGAUGCUGCUGUGGAGGACCUGUUAACAGCCACAACCACAGGCAUUUUGAGGCAUGUUGCAGCUGAAGAAGUGACCAAGGAAAGGGAACGAAAGGAGGAGGAGAAGCGGAGGGCUGAAGAGGAAAGGCUGAAACAAGAGAGAGACCUGGUAUUAACCCAGUUGAGCCAGGGCCUGGCUGAAGAGCUGACAGAACUCAUGGUGACGGAGUGUGUGUGGGAAACAUGCUCACAGGAGCUGAAGAAUGCACUGGAGAUAGACCAGAGGGUUCGUGUGACCCGCUGCUGUGAGGCUGUCUUUACUCAGCUGGUAGACUUGUUUCUUGCGGGGGAAAUUUUCCAGACUGCGAAGGAGACACUGCAGGAACUUCAGUGCUUCUGCAAAUAUCUACAGCGGUGGAGGGAAGCUGUUGCAGCCCGGAAGAAGCUAAGGCGCCAGAUGCGGGCCUUCCCUGCAGCACCCUGCUGUGUGGAUGUGAACAACCGGCUGGGUGCAUUGGCGCCCAGUGCAGAGUGUCCCAUUGCUGAGGAGAACCUGGAUAGGAGCCUCCUGGACCUGGGCCACGCAGGAAGAGUGGGCAUCUCCUGUACCAGGUUGAGGCGACUCAGAAACAAGACAGCUCACCAGAUGAAGGUUCAGCAUUUCCAUCAGCAGCUGCUGAGCAAUGCUGCAUGGGCCCCUCUGGACCUGCCUUCCCUUGUGACUGAGCACCUGCCCUCGCAGCAAGAGCAUGAGUUUUGGAAGUUGGUAUUGAUGUUGCCUGGUGGAGAGCAGCAGUCCCCAGGGAGUUCUGGCAGGAUUUUGGCAGAUUGGCUAAAGGUCAAGUUCAUGGGAGAGGAUGGCUCGGUUGGGGACGUGUACAGUAAUGCUGGUGAGAUUCAGACACUCACGGUUUUUAAUACACUCAGCAGCAAAGAGGAUAAGACCAUUUCUGUCAGCGUGUGUGUAAAGGUGGCCCACGGUACCCUCAGUGAUGCUGCCCUUGAUGCUGCGGCGACUCAGAAGGACCUCUUGGGAGCUAGUGGGCUCAUGUUGCUGCUUCCGCCCAGAGUGAAAAAUGAGGAUGUUGCAGAGGAGGACAUUUACUGGCUGUCGGCCUUGCUACAGCUCAAGCAGUUCUUGCAGGCCAAGCCUUUCCACCCGUCGCUUCCACUGGUGGUUCUUGUGCCCAGUUCUGACACCAUUGGGAAGGAAGUGGAGGAUGGUUUAAUGCUGCAGGACUUGGUUUCACUGAAGCUAAUUUCAGAUUACACUGUUAUUGAAAUCCCUGAUUCUAUUAAUGAUUUACAAGGCACAAAAAAGGUUUCAUGGGCAGUUCAGUGGCUUGUCUCUCGUUGCCCCUGUGCCCUUGACCUUUGCUGCCAGACCCUUAUUCAGUACAUCGAGGAUGGGGUUGGCCGUGAGUUUAGUGGCCGGUUUUUCCAUGACAGAAGAGAGAGGCGUCUAGGUGCCUUGGCUUCGCAGGAGCCCGGCACCAUCGUUGAACUCUUCAACAGUGUCCUGCAGUUCCUGGCCUCGGUGGUAUCCUCUGAGCAGCUAUGUGACCUGUCCUGGCCUAUCACCGAGUUUGUUGAAGUGGGGGGCAGUCAGCUACUUCCUCACCUGCACUGGAAUUCCCCAGAACACCUGGCCUGGUUGAAGCAGGCUGUGCUUGGGUUCCAGCUUCCACAGAUGGACCUUCCACCCCCUGGGGCACCCUGGCUCCCCGUGUGCUCCAUGGUUGUCCAGUACACCUCUCAAAUCCCCAGCUCACGCCAGACACAGCCCAUCCUGCAGUCCCAGGUGGAGAAUCUGCUCUGCAGAACGUACCGCAGGUGGAAGAGCAAGGGCUCCUUCCUGGGCCAGGGGACAGGGCCCUCGGUUGCUGAGAUUCCAUGGGAUGACAUCAUUGCCUUGUGUAUCAACCACAAACUGAGGGACUGGACGCCCCCCAGGCUCCCUGUCACAACAGGUGCACAGAGUGAAGAUGGUCAGAUAUGUGUGUAUUUUUUUAAAAACCACUUGAAGAAAUACCAAGUUCCUUUGUCAUGGGAACGAGCCAGAGUACGGACACAGAAGGAGCUACAGCUAAGUCCGGGAUGUUUGAGGAUAAAGACUUUUCAUCCUGCUGCAAGCAAUUUUUCCAUUCCGUUACUUCACAUGCAUUGUAAAGGGAAGAGGAAUGCAGAGUGCUGCCAACUGAGGCGAAGUGUCAGUGCCGAAGAUCUGGUGCGAGGAGCUUCUGCUGAGGAGCUCUUGGCAGAGUGUCUGUCUAGCAGCCUGCUACAAGAGAAAGAGGACAGUAAGAGAUUUGAAGAUCAGCUGCAGCAGUGGUUGUCUCAAGACUCCAGAGCAUUCACAGAUUCAAUUUCCCUUCCGAUCUACCUUCCUCAGACACUAGUUUCUCUUCCUCAAACUGUUGAAUCUAUUGUGACAACAUCUACAGCCACUAGCCCACAGAAUGCAAGAACAAGGGAACAACUGCAGCUGUCAGAAGCAACAGAUAUGUCUCUGACAGAACGCUUAACGCAUCUGGAACAGCUGAUCCAGAGUUCAAAGGAAAAGGAAGUUGCCUCCGAGUUCCACCUGUCUGCGUUGCUGGACAUGGUGGAUAUUUAAACAGUCUGAAGUGAGGGGAGGUCUUGUCUUCAGAAGAAUUUCUGCUUUUAAAUUAUGUUAUUUUCAGAUGUUUGAUGCACAAUUAUUAAUCAUGCUGGUAAACUAUUUGAAUCUUAUAAUAAUAUCCCUGUUUUCAGAAUGAAAAGCUGUUUUCCAUUGUGCCAUCUUUGAUAUUAUGUUUCAUGAUCUCCUCAGACUGUCACCCACCAGCACAUGCUCUGAGGGAGUCUACAGCUUACAUUUCCAUGUGUAAUAAGUGAUGAAUUCUCUCAGCA